AUGGCUUCCAUCUCUCCCUCUCUCACCACACCAACAACACAAAACCGCAAAGCCUCCUCUUCCUCAUGGACACCACAACCGCGCAAUCCGAUUUCACAGAGGCUAUACAAAGUCCUCAGCACCAAUUUUGACGAUCAGGCCACUAGGGAGGCGCUGGGCACCCUUUCGGAGGUGUAUGCGCCGGGGAACGUGAGUAACGGCAAGGAAGCGCAGACUACGACGGCUGCUAUAUUGGAAGAUGGGGAUUUAGAACACUUUGAGGAUGGCAGACAGGGCGAUGGUUUGGCUGCGCGGGCGCGGAAGAGCAUGAGGAAGGGUAUGGAGAAUAAGUUGAUGGAGGGGAGUCAGCGUUUCGUCAAGGCUCUCAUGGAGGUGGACCAGAAACUGAGCGAUCUGCAGAAACACGUAGCUGCCAUGCAGGCUAGCUGUGACGAAGCUGAAAAGCAACUCAGUCUAAGUAACGAAGCUAGCCAGAUGCUCCUGGAGCGUGCUGGUAGUUUACGAGACGAACGGCGUGAAGUGGAGGAUAAAAAGUCCAUCAUCACGCUCUUCCUCGCCCGAUUCACGCUCAGCGAGGGCGAAGUGGAAGCUAUCACGUCUAGAGACGUGCCAGUUAGCGAACGGUUCUUCGACGCUAUGGGAAAGACCGAGCGGAUUAGGGAAGAUUGUAGGGUGUUGAUGGCAGGCGAGGAUGGGCCUACAAAAGCUGGCCUAGACAUAAUGGCUUCAACCUCCACCUACCUCGAACAAGGCUUCGAAAAGAUUCUCCGGUGGACAUCGAACGAGUUCCGACAAAUGGGACGAGAAGUCCACCUCGAAGUAAGCCCAACCAUGCGCGAAGCCAUCUCCCGCCUCCGAAAACGACCUGAACUUCUAACCGAAACACUAAGAUACCUCUCCGAAACCCGACAAACCACCCUCCUCUCCUCAUUCAUCACAGCCCUCACGCGAGGCGGCCCUUCUGGCCUACCCCGCCCCAUCGAGCUGCACGCACACGAUCCGAUGCGGUACGUAGGUGACAUGCUCGCGUGGGUACAUCAAGCUAUCGCUGCUGAGCGGGAGUUCCUGGAGAGUCUUUUUGGGAUAACGAGUGAUGGAAGGAUGGUUGGGAGUGUUAGGGUGUUUGAAGGGCAGAGCGAGGAAGAGGAUUGGGUGCAGGAGUUGAUGGAUUUGGCGGUUGGGAAGCUUUGUGUGCCGUUGAAGGUUAGAGUGCAGCAGACGGUACGGUCGCAGGAGAGCAGUAUCGUUUCCUACAAGAUUGCGAACCUCCUCCAGUUUUACUUGGUCACCAUGCGGAGGACCGUUGGGCCACAGGCUAUUCUCACUGUGACCUUGGAAGAAACUACAGCCGUCGCUUACAAAGUAUUCUACGAUUCCAUCGAAGCACAAAGCCGUGCUCUUCUCCGAGACCUCGACGACCCCUCACUAACGCCCUCCCUCGCCAUCCUCGACCAAGCCCAGAUCCUCAAAGAAGUCAUGUCAGUCUACCAAUCGUCAUUACUAGGCGACGAAGACGAACAGGAGCGCACAGCGGGUUUCCAGAAAGUCCUAGACGUGAUCGUGGACCCGCUCGUUGAGUCGUGUAUUGCCAAGGCGGAGGAGAAGAAGCGGGCGAGGGCAAAGUGGGAUCGGGCGGUUUAUGUGUUGAAUUGUUUGUGUUUUGUCCAGAAUGUGUUGGAGUCAUUCUCGUUCACCGCCGUGAAGCUUGCGAUGGUCCAGGGGGUCAUUGACGAAAGGGUCAAAGAGCUCACCGAUGAACAUUAUCUAAACAUCAUGAACGACGCCGGCCUUCUCCAAAUAUCAGAAACAAUCAAAACCCAUCCUAAAGACGACCCCCUCUCCCACAACCCAACAACCCAACCCCAAUCCCUCCAUCAAUCCCUCAAGAACUUCUCCCUCUGGCUCUCAGGCCUCGAAGUCCUCCACUCUCCGCGCCUCGCCCAACUAAACACACCAAAACUCCAAACGCAGAUCCACCACGCGGCGUUGGUCCGCGUUGUGCGUGCGUACGAGGGGAUAUGUGAGGCUGUGAAAAGGCCGGAGAAUCGGUAUGAGGCUGCGGCGACGUUGUUGGGGAGUGAGAGGCCUUUUGGGCGGGUUCAUUUGUUGUGGCAGAUUUUUGGGCUUGAGGAGGAGGAGGGGGAGGGGGAAGGUGAGGAAGAGAAGGAAGAGGGUGAUGAUGACGAGGAAGAGGGUGACGAGGAUGAGGAUGAUGAUGAUGAGGAGGGGGAGGAAGAGACAGACGGUGAUGAUGAGGAUGAAGAAGGGGAUGAAGACAGUGAGGAUGAGGAAGACGGGGAUGAGGAAGAGGAAGAAGAGAGAAUGCUUGUCGAGAGAAGGUCUUGAGUCUUAAAGCUUGAGUGCCCCUCGUCACAAGGGCCCUGCUUGGUCCUCUAUCGGUUUAUGAUUCAGACAAGUACUUGUGGGCGCCCAGAGGCGAUCUUUUUUAAAUUGUUGGCUUAUUUUUUUGUUACUCCUCUAUCCUCUACCAAACCGAUCGAAAGCACAAUGGGCACACUUGG